AUGACUCUAUGGAUUUGCACACCUGGGUUCUUUGAAACCACAAAAUCCCCACCACAAAGAUGGCCCCUCCACCAGAGAUCAAAAAAGACAAGCCCAAGCCCUGGCACACAGUACAACUGCCUGAAGGAUGGAAAGAACAUAUGUUCAGUCUCCACUGACAGGAGGAGAUCACUCACUCCUAGUGUCUCUGUGUCCUCCCAAAAUUCCACUACCCCGAUCUUGCAGGAAGACCAGGUCAAGGGUGCUCCAAUGGAGGAGGAUGCUGGUGAGGCUGAGGCCAAGGAGGUUGAGGUCAACAUUCAAGCUGAUGAGGGCAGUCAAUGUCCUGAUGAUGGGGCUAGUCAACUUCUGGAUGAUGAAGUGCCCAAUGGUCUAAAGCUAGGCGCUUUGGAUCCUCAUGAGAGUUGCCAAAUGAGGACAGUUCUGAAUCAUCACUUCCUCCAUCUUUGCCACCAGCUGAAAACUCCAGUUCUGAUGCCAAGGAUGAGUUUCCCCCCACAUUGUCCUGGUCACUGUGUGGAACACAAACCUAAAAGCAAGGGCAAAAGUAGGGCUAUGGAUGUUGACAACAGUGAUAUAAACACAAAAUUUAAGAAGACUGGGAACUUGUCCUGUGCUGCUCUUGAUGAGAUACAUGACUCUGUGGCCAAAGUCAAGGCAAAAGCAGAAGAACUUGGAUGUAGACAUGGCAAGUCUCCUCAUGACAUCCUUGUUGCUGCUGGGCUCAGUGUCAAACCAUCUCACACAAAGCUCAAUGAGGCCAAUCUCUUCUGCUUGUGGUAUUGGGCCACCCAACCAAAACCUGAUGGUGUCAACAAUAUCAUUACAGUGGAGUACAACCAACUCAUGAAAGAUAUCCCCAAAGAUGACACUGCAGCAAGAAAGGAGAAGUUGAAGGCUGUUUAUGAAUGUAGCAAGAGCUCCUCAGCAGUGCCCACUAACAAAUCAGUCAAGUCCAUUGCAGUCAGAGUCCACAAUGCGAAGAUGCAGUUCUCCAGAUUGUACAUCAAUGAUUGUGCCAUUGAUGUUUGGGGACUUAUGAACAAGUACACUGCAAUAUUUAAGGGCGAGUGCUUCUGCCAGUUCAGCUGUGGCAUUGGAGUUGCAUUGUUGAAUGAAGGAGAUGCCAAGAGAUUGCAACUGCUGGGUAUUUGGAUCUAUGAUAAAGGAGAAGUUGAUAAUGUGACACAUGGGGUCAAAGUUGGUGAUCCCCAGAAAAUCAUUUGGCAGUGGCUUCUUGAGUUUGUUAGGAGGAACUCUCUCAUCAUAAUCAACUGGCUGCUUGGGGUGCCUCCACCAGGCCCUGGUUUUGAGUACAAGAAACUCAAAGCUGACACUCUCCACCAACUUGUGGUACCUUAUCUGCAGAGAAAGCUAGGCUCGAUGUACAAUGGACAAUCUGAUGAUGACGAUGACAAGAAAAAUGAUCAUCUGGAUGGUGUGCUGGAGGUCAAAAUCAAACCCUGGAAUGAAGAUGUCAUCAGCAUAGGGGAUGCACACCCAUUAAAGGGAGAGAUUGCACUGGUCAAGGCUCCUGAUGGCACAGUUUUGUGCAAGGUGUCUGAUGAUCCUGAGUGGCAGAAGUCUCAUGAAGAAGGGGAUCCAGGUAUGGUGGCACCUCAUGCACUGAGCAGAAUCCUGUUUCCAUCACACAAGUGGCCUUGUGUGGAGGUGAUGGAUAAUGACACAGUUCCUCAUGAGGCUUCACACUCUGACCACCAAAUGCCCCUGCAUGAAAAAGGCAGGGAUGCAUGCCCCAUCACUGGUGACCAUGGUGUAGUGGUUUACCCUGCUGCAUUUUGGUCAAAACUAACAGGUGACAUGCACAGGAUGCACUUCAUGACCCACCAGCACACACAAGCUGCAAGAACACUCGAGAGUCUGGUCAAUCUGAGUGCCCCUUGCCAGCUCAGUGCUAUGGGGACCCUGGCCCUUCUCAGCAGUUUCCACUAUCUUGACAUUAUGAGGACCCUCAUUAUGACUGUGCCAACUAUCAUGAUCCUGGCCCCUCCAAUGUUCCCUACAAUCUUCUCUAUAGCCCAGCCCACAGCACAGCAAUGGGUUGACAGAGGUAGUGCUGCACAGUAUGAGGACGAAUUUCCUGAGGAUUACUUAGAUUAUUAG